GUGCAGGCAAGCUGAGCUCAGGCCGCUGCUCUCCGCCUCUUCCCGAGAUGAGCCGCUGAUGGAGCACCGGAUCAGAGCUAGCUCUGGCUGAGCCCCUGGUCCUGGGUAGCCUGGUCCCCAGAGAGGGAGAGAGCCGUGCCCAGCAGAGCUCUGCUGGGCCCUGCCAGUUCCCCUCACCCCACCAUGCCUCUGUUGGACGUGUUUUGGGCUUGCUUCAGGAAAGUGAAGUGCUUCCCAUUGCUUCAAGGGAGGAAGAAUGCUGAAGCUGAGGCCAAAAAAGCAUGCAGGUGGCUCCGAGCAACAGGCUUCCCUAAGUAUGCUCAGCUUUUUGAAGAAGGUUUGUUUCCUGUGGAUAUUGGCUCUGUGAAGAAGGACCACAGUUUUUUGGACGAGGACUCUUUGGGGGCCCUGUGCAGGAGGCUGAUGACCUUGAACAGUUGUGCCUCGAUGAAACUGGAGGUUCAUUUUCAAUGCAAGCAGAAUGAAGACUCAGAGGAGGAAGAGCACUGUACCAUCAGCAACCACUGGACCUUUGAGCGAGAAAGUAAGCAGUGGUCUCGCAUGGGUUCCUCUGACUUGUUGGCCCCACCAAGCCCUGGCCUGCCAGUGACCUCUAGCUGUGAGGGCGUCCUCACUGAGCUUAGUGCCACCUCCCUGCCUGCCAUCACUGUGAGCCUACCACCUGAGCCAGCGGAUCUGCCCUUGCUAGGUCAUUCUUCAAGCCCAAGUCACUGGCCCUUCCUCAGGCCCACUAGGGGCCAGGAGGGCCCCCGGGACAAAACCAAGAAGCACCGUUCCCAGAGCUUCCUCAAGCACCUUGAGUCUCUCAGGCGGAAGGAAAAGGGUGGAGGCCGGCAAGCAGAUCUGGAGCACAGCUCAGUCACCUCAGAAAAGGUUGCCAAAGCCUUCUCUUUCCGAAGUCGCCAUGGCUUCCUCUAUCGGGCCAAGAACCAGGCGGCCACUUCAGCCAGUGGCAGUGGCGCUGAGACUCAGAGGGCCUGGGAGGCCUGGCCUGUGGCCAUGUUCCAGCAUCCUCCGCGGGCACACCAGGGUGAUUGCCUGGUGCAUGUGCCCAGAGACCACAAACCAGGCACAUUUCCUCGCUCCUUGUCCAUUGAGAGCCUGUGCCCAGAGGAUGGACACCGCCUGGCAGAUUGGCAGCCGGGUAGGCACUGGGGCCAUGAAGGGCGCCGGGGCUCCUGUGGCUCCACAGGUAGCCACACCAGCAUCUACGACAACAUGCCGGAGCUGUAUCCAGCUGAGCCUGUACUGGCUGGAGCCGAGGCUGAAGAGGAGGAGGAGGAAGGUGGGGACAGCUACACUCACCUGGAUGACAUCCUCCAGCACGUGUGGGGGUUGCAGCAGCGGGUAGAACUCUGGUCUCAGGCCAUGUGCCCAGACCUGGGGCCUGGAGAUAAGGAAGAAGAAGAGGAGGAGGAAGUAGAGGAGGAGGCCACUUCAACAGUAGAAAUAGCAACCGAUGGAGUGGAAGGCCAGACCGGUGAGGCUCGGACCCAGGGAGAGGCUCCAGCCCUCAGGGAGUCCCUAGCCCUGGGCCAGGUGGAUGUGCAACUUGGAGUCCUGGCUCAGCCUCAGACCCCUGCCAAGGCUGAGUUCCUGGCACAGUCAGAGACUGGGGCCCCAGGCUUUGCCCAGGAUCAUGAGGAGGAGACACAUUCAGUGGGGGAACCAACCUCUUCCUCCAGCCUGUCUGUGGAAGAAGGACACGUUUCCGACACUGUGGCCUCCUCCAGUGAGCUGGAUAGUAGCGGGAACUCCAUGAACGAGGCUGAGGCUACAGGGUCCCCGACUGGACUCCAGACAUCAGUAUCCCGUGAGCGACGAGAUUCAGGUGUCGGGGCCUCACUUACCAGACCCUGCAGGAAGCUCCGUUGGCACAGCUUUCAGAACUCUCACCGGCCCAGCCUCAACUCAGAGUCACUGGAGAUCAACCGGCAGUUUGCCAGCCAGAUACACCUCCUGCACAAGGGCUCACUGCUGCGGCUCACCACUUUCAUGGAGAAGUACACCAUCCCCCACAAACAGGGCUGGGUCUGGUCAGUCCCCAAGUUCAUGAAGAGGAACAAGACACCAGACUACAGGGGCCAGCAGGUAUUUGGGGUGCCACCCCUCGUUCAUGUGCAGCGCACAGGCCAGCCACUGCCCCAGAGCAUUCAGCAAGCCAUGCGCUACCUGCGUAGCCAGUGCCUGGACCAGGUGGGCAUCUUCCGCAAGUCUGGAGUGAAGUCCAGGAUCCAGACCCUGCGUCAAAUGAAUGAGACCUCCCCUGACAACGUCUGCUAUGAGGGCCAGUCAGCCUAUGAUGUGGCUGACUUACUGAAGCAGUAUUUCCGGGACCUGCCCGAGCCCAUCUUCACCAGCAAGCUUACUACCACUUUCCUGCAGAUCUACCAGCUCCUCCCCAAGGAUCAGUGGUUGGCAGCCACACAAGCCGCCACCUUGCUGCUCCCCGAUGAGAACCGAGAGGUACUACAGACCCUGCUCUAUUUCCUAAGUGACAUUGCCUCUGCUGAGGAGAACCAGAUGACAGCCGGUAACUUGGCAGUGUGCCUGGCACCUUCUAUCUUCCACCUCAACGUCUCCAAGAAGGAUAACCCCUCACCCAGGAUCAAGAGCAAACGCAGCCUAGUUGGCCGGCCAGGCCCUAGGGACUUGAGUGAGAACAUGGCUGCCACCCAGGGCUUAUCACACAUGAUCAGUGACUGCAAGAAACUUUUCCAGGUGCCCCAAGACAUGGUGCUGCAACUGUGUGGCUCCUACAGUGCGGCUGAACUCAGCCCUCCAGGCCCAGCCCUGGCUGAACUGCGGCAGGCCCGGGCUGCUGGUGUAAGCCUGAGCCUCUAUAUGGAAGAGAGCAUCCAGGAGCUGCUGCACAAUGCUGCUGAGCGCUUCAAGGGCUGGAUGAGCAUGCCGGGGCCCCAGCACACGGAGCUGGCUUGCAAGAAGGCACCAGACGGGCACCCGCUGCGCGUGUGGAAGGCAUCCACAGAAGUGGCAGCCCCUCCAGCCGUGGUGCUACACCGUGUCCUGCGGGAGAGGGCCCUCUGGGAUGAGGAUCUUCUGCGGGCCCAGGUGUUGGAAGCCCUGAUGCCGGGUGUGGAGCUGUACCACUAUGUCACUGACAGCAUGGCACCCCAUCCCUGCCGCGACUUUGUGGUGCUCCGGAUGUGGCGCUCUGACCUGCCCCGUGGGGGUUGCCUCCUCGUGUCUCAGUCCCUGGAUCCUGAGCAGCCUGUGCCGGAGUCGGGGGUGCGGGCUCUGAUGCUCACGUCCCAGUACCUCAUGGAACCCUGCGGCCUGGGCCGCUCCCGGCUCACUCACAUCUGCCGUGCUGACCUCAGGGGCCGUUCUCCUGACUGGUACAACAAAGUCUUCGGACACCUGUGCGCCAUGGAGGUGGCAAAGAUCCGGGAUUCCUUCCCGACUCUGCAGGCAGCUGGCCCUGAGACAAAGUUGUGAGCCUCAGCCUGAUCCCAGAGUGCCACUGCUCAGGCCCCCUGGCACAAAGGCAGUGAGGGGGGAUGAGAGCAGAGAGCUCCCAGAUGGAUGCUGCUCCUAAGGGUAGAGGCAAGGCCAUGCAGUCCCCCUUACUUCCUGAAGUUCCUCCAUAUGUACAAGGGAGGAAAAGAGAAUUUCAGUGUCCGCUCUCCAUUCCACCUCCACCCCUGAACUUGUGUUCUGCCCUUCUGAGAGAAAGGAGUCAUUUUCAGAGCAGGAAGACAGCUACUGCCCUCUGGGUCCAUGGGGCGACCAGUCAGUCUAAAGUCUUCUCAGCUCUCCUGCCUGUGGGUUGAGGAGGCAGAGAGCAGUGUGUGCUCCCAGCUCUCUGCUAUUCCGAGAGGUUAAGUCAUCCUGUUUGCUGCUAGGGUCCUUUUGAGGUUGGACGGGAGGUUCUGGUCUUGCCUUUGGGCCCAGCACUGAUCCUGAACUGGCUUUUGCAGAGAAAUUGAACUGGAGUGGACAGGCACAGGGGCAGAGCACAGCACAGCCCCAACCACCAUGAGCUGUUUGAUUUGUGUAAAUAAGAUGCUGAUUUUUAGGAGGCUGAUUUAAGGAGGGGGCAACGAUGGGUCCCAGUAGGUGACAUGACGAUUUGGGUUAGCUUGGGAUGUGAGAGUGGGGAGAACCUUCCUUUAUCAGAUCUCAAGAGACCAAUGAACCAGGCUCCCCUGACUUGGGCCCACACUUUAUCUGCCUCCCUAGGGCCCCACGUAGCCGUGGCCAUGCACUGCCAUGUCUAGUGAGUAAGCAGACACCGCACAGGCUGAAUAAAAGCAGAUGGUGGCGAGGAGACACUCUCUGUGUUUGUAUCACUUUUUCUGCUCUUCUUGCCUGUGGUAGCAGGCUGAUAUGACAGCCCCUCCCUCCAGCAGAGACCUGGCCCCUGGUUCAAGCAGCCAGCCCGUCAGAUGGAAGGGCUUAGUGUCAUCUCAGCCCACUGGGACUUGAUCCAAACCUGACCUAUCCCACCUACCAGUCAUGUUGGUUCACAUGCGGAGUCAAAUGCCAAACGCCAACUGGUGCUUUGUUAUUUUUGGCUGAAUAAACUGGAGUGGGAUGGGUUCCAGCCAACCAGUUGUAAUGUUUAAACCUAUCUAUUUUAUUUGUACCUAUAAAUACUGUACAGUCAGUAUUGUAUCAAUAUUAAAAAUGUGUUAUGUACAUAUAGAUAAAUAUAUAUAUAUAUAUAUUAUACAGUCACAUCUAUCUAUAUAUACACACACAUAUUCUAUCAUGAGUGUACCAUAAUUUGUGGGUGGGGGCAGAGGUCUAGCAAGCCUUGGGCGGCAGGGCACUUGAGAUGAGACAGGGGAGGUGGAGAGCACAAUCCAUGUGAUACCCCCCAGUGCAACAAUAAAGCAUUCCUAGAGAUGCACUCUAUCUGUGUGGUUGUCUUUGCGGAGGUGAUUGGCCAGGGACAAGGGACAAGUUACGAUGCAGGUUCAGUUCAACUUCAGGUUCAGAUGUUGUGAACAUUAACACAGGACACCAGGGGAGGCCGCAGGAAAAAUGGGGAAAGGCUUCAGUCUUUCUCUUUGGGAGUUUAUUGGGGCUGGGGGGAGGUAGGAUUCCAAGAAGUCAGGGCUUCAGUAGAAGCCACAAACCCUAUUCCCUGACUUGACCAGGUUCCCUAUCUGAGCAGCUCCUAAGCAUGACCUCAUGCAUACUAAUGAUAGCCCUAUGGAGGGAUGCCUUUGGCUAUGCUGUCCUUUCUUCCUCUGUUGUGCACAGCUCAAGCUGAUGGAUAGAGUUAUGACCCAGUCUCAGGAAGCUUGGGGACCCUGUUCUACCCACAAGACAUGUCUCAGUGCCUCAGGGCAGCCCCUGAUUUGGCUCCAGUGACCAGCAAAGAGAGGCCUCCUCAUAUUGACUUCCUGUAGGAAGCACUUUUUUGGUCACAUUGCUGUAGCCAUAAAAUUUCCAAGCUCUGAGGGGCAGCUGGAGAGAGUAUAGACUUUCCAACCAGUCUAUUUGCACCCUUUGAGUACUGUUGAGCAGCCUGGAGAAAACAAGUCCUGCUCGCUCGCUCUCGCUCUCUCUCUCACUCUCUCUCUCUCUCUCUCUUAGAACCUCGGCUUCCUCUUGGGCCAAACAGGCCAGUGAUCACCUCAUCACAAGUCUGACUUGGUAAAUGUUCAACAUGGCCAUCCCAGUCUGUACCUCUACCCUGCCUGAACAGAUCAGGGUACUUUUCAAGUCCCUUUCUCUGUCACCUUCUUCCAAUCUCUUCUGGGUUCAGCCAUACAUACAUAUCAUUGGCCUUUCCUCACUGCUGCUGCCUAGGGGUCUUGCCUAGACCUGGAAGAGAGUGGAGCAGAGGGCCUGUUAGCCCCUUGACUUUGGGAAAACAAUGAAGGCAACCCAGGUAUGAUGGUAGGAUAGGAAAUCACUCAAGCAGCUCUGGUGUUAGGCAACACUGGUGUGAAGCCCAAGCCAGUACUUUUCCAGGCAGGCAGCUAGGGGACCUUCUGGCACAGUGCUGCCCCACUUGGUCAUGGAAGGAGGCAUGGUGAUGGUAACAGAAUGAGGUAGAGCAUGCUGUUCAUGGGUGGCAUGAAAUUGACCUCCCAGGUGAUGGCCACUAGGAGACAGAAAAGAGUUACAGAGGAGGCUCUUAGAAGGGCCAGAGAAUUCUAGUCUUUCAGCUCUGGACUCUGAGGCCCUGGACCAGUUGCCUGGCGUGGCUCCUCCAUGUUUGUCUUUCUGAGAGAGGUAGUACCAAGCAGGGGAGCUUCUCUGGGCCUUAGUGUUAUUCCCCUGCGUAAAGCAGAGGCUUCCAUUCCUCCAUCCCUGCGUCUCUGCCUGGCCCACCAUGCAGUCUGUGAAUGGACUGCCAUAGCUUAUAGACGUGGGAGUAGAUGUCAUGAUGAUAAGGGUCACCCAGGCCGCUCCCACACAUGGCAGGCACCACUCAUGGCCAUUUGUAACCCUCAGUCUUAUAUCUUGAUCCACCUUGAGUUGGCCUUGCCCUGUUGCCAGAGAAUUUUCAUCUUCAAAUUCCCAACCCAUAUAGUUCCCCACAUCCACUACUUCAAUGAAACCAGACUGUGGGUGAAUCCCGCAUGGGAACUGGACAAUCUAUCUGCGAGCAUCAAUUUGUUAUUUUCUAGUCUCCAGUGCCCUGUUGCCAGAGUGGCUGAGGGUAGAUGGUAGACAAACCCAGACAAGAUCUAUCAUCACCGGGUUCUGUGACUUUAAGUGGCACAUGAAACCUUUCUGAUUUGGUUUUUCUCGCAGAAGACAAGGCUAAUGAUUGUUUGUGUCUUGUAAGGUUGUUGUCAUAUUUAAAUAAACCAAUGAUUGUGAAUAUGGCUACACAGUGCCUAGGACAUGGCAGACAUGAAUAAAUCAUAGUCUCCCCUGUCCUGCCUCCUCCCUGCCAAUCAGCCUCUGUGGAGGGCUUGGGCCUGGGUGUUUGGCUGGGUGGGGGUGGACUACAUAUGCAUAUCAUUUCCUGACUUGCACCAAAGCCCCACCUACCCUUUUGACUCUCAGACCCCCACAACCUUGGCUU